AUGGCCUCACAGCCCGCGACAGCCGAUAGUGGCUACAUUACUGACCCUGGCCCGUUAGAGAAUACCUACACAUCGGAUCCCAGUCUUCAACGGACUCUGGCAUGGUAUCUAUCAACUACUACAUUGCAAUCUGUACAACCGCAUCUCACCCAGUUCGGAGCCGAGGCUAUUUCCGAGCAGGUUCGUGAAUGGAGCGCUGAUGCUGAGCGCAAUGUGCCAUACGUCAAGAGCCAUAAUGUCUGGGGUAAACGAUAUGAUUAUGAUCGAUUAGUGACAACGGAAGGCUGGAAGCAACUAGGAUUGUCUCGGCGGGCUAUGACCGCCGCCUGGGAGUUGAUAGGAGAACGGUUCAGUAUGCGCUGUGGGUAUUUCUUUAUCCCUAUUUCCACGCUAUCACUCAUGCCAUAA